AUGUCUAUUCCUUAUUUAUUGGAAGGAAUUCAGUCCCCACAGAAAGAAGAAAGAGAAGAUGCAGAGAACAGUUUACUAGAACGUUGUGCUACAGAUCCACCCGACACUUUUAUCGAGUUGAUUGAUACAGCUACUAAUAACAAUGCUUCAGCCAGUACCAGGCAACUGGCUUUAUUGUGUUUAAGAAAGUUCACUACUAUGUAUUGGUCCGCAGGUUUUCCCUCAUUUGUUGGACCGCCAGGUGUGGGCGAACAAGGGAAAGAUCUAGUAAGGCGAGGUCUUUUAAGUUUACUUGCAAACGAAGAUACCGAGAAGAAGGUUAUCUCUACUGUAACUUAUUGCAUUGUUCAGAUUUGCGCUGUUGACUUCCCAGAUGAAUGGCCUGGAUUGUUAGAUUAUUUGAAUGAGAAUAUUCUAAAUUAUCAUUCAGAAAAUGCCAUCAGCCUACUGACGGAACUUGUUCAAGAUAUUAUUACAAAUGAGAUGUUUUUCGAUAACCAUUCGGGAGCCAAGAUAGUAAAUACGGUUUUGUUAGCAUUAAAUGACGAUACUUUGCGUUUGCAAGCGAAAUCGAAACUCUUACAACUAUACCACCAUUGCAUAUCUCAAUUACGCAACGUUUCAAUGUUUGUUACAUCUGAGCUUAUGAGCGAGUGGCUCAUUCCUCACUUAAAAGCUAUGAAUGACUGCAUCGAUAAGUUAUUAGAAAGCUAUGGAAAUAAUAUGGAAUCUGAAGUAAUUGGACUCAAAGGAGAACUGUUUAUGGCAUUAAGUAAAUUAUUCGACCUCAAUCAGAGCAUUUUGGGUUCUAAUGGAGAUUUAUCAUAUAGACUACGAAUAACUUUGGAUGCUAUCAAGUCAAAUGCUAACAGCUAUGCCAGAGCUCUCACAAAUAACGACGAACUAAGGUUAGAGAUAAUUAACUCCAGUUGUAUCAAUACCGUCCAAUAUCUUGCAUACAUCCCAUCAGAUCUUAUAGAAAAUCCCACAUUACCGGAUUUCACAGAAGAUUUCAUCAAAUUGUGUUUGCUUCCUGAAGACUACUUUAAACUGUCAGACUUCAAUGAAUUUAUUUCUAAAGAAACUGGAUUAUCAGCUUCAUAUAAUGCCAGAGAUGAAAUUGGCCAAUAUGUUUCAAGCUGCAGCGACGAGAUAUAUCGUCACAUCACUGAUUCCGUAUUGCAAAAAUGCCUACAAGUCACUUCAAAUGAGGCACAGUACCAAGAAGCGUGUCUAUUCUUAUUCCAAGAAUUAUGCUCCAACGAGACAAGCAUGAAUGUUCCAAGAUAUCAGGAUUUCUUAUCUUUGGCCGUGAUGAUUCUAGAUGAUGAUGCCUGUCCUACAUUUGUGAAAUCAAGAACUAUAUUAACAAUACCCAAGUUCUUCGAGAAUAACAUGGAAACUUUACCUGAAAUCAAACAGUUAGUGCAACAAUUCCUUGUGAAGACAGUUAAUUGUACAAUUUCAGCUGAAGACGACUUUCUUUUGGCAUCGUUAGUCAUAUCAUUCACUUAUUACACCUCAUUCGCUGAACUUGGCAGUAUUCUUGAUUACCAAACGUCUAUGAUUUUGCAACAGUCGUUGCUAAAGGCAAUUAAAACUCUUUAUGUUGAUAGUGAAGAAGAUUCUCUUGGUCUUCUUCUUGAAGCAAUGCACGAAAUUGUCAAAACUUGGCAUUUCCAACAGGAUCUUCAUACUAAACAAGAAAUUUUGAACUUGCUUUUGAAGUUAUCCUCAAGUGAACCAUCCAAUGUGAGAAUAGUCUUUGAAUCUGUCCGGUCACUUCCUUAUCUCUUGAGAGAUAUCAAUUGUACAGAUUACACUAGACUUUGUGAAAGCUGUUUCCCAAGUUUUAUAGAAGCUAUGUCAACGUUCUUACAAAGCCAACAAACUUAUUCACCACUGGUUGUCCUUGCACUAGAAUUUCUCUCAGUAUUUCUGAAGAAUCCACCGGUGGGAAACCAUAUUUCUGAUGAAGUGGCUGAAUACGUUCUCAACCCAAUUGUGCAGUUUAUCAAACAGUGUCCUGAUGAAAACAUCGCCGAGACUGCCUUGCAGGCUUUUGUUUAUUUGGCUUGUAAUUCUAAUCCUAAGUUCUGGAAAGAUUCAAUGUUCGACUUAUGCUCUUUAGUAUUUGAUCCUGAGAGGUCACUUUAUAAAACCAUUGAUGUUGCUCCUAUAAUGUUGCUUUCACUAAGAGUUACACAGCCACAUGAAAACAGAUUUAUAGGGCAGAUUAUGGAGUAUACAAUCUCCAAGUUAGUGGACCCUAAUAAACUGCAUCCAGUCGACAGUUUUAUAAUAAUAUCCUGUGAGGUUAUCUUAAAAGAUAUUCAAAGUUUCCUUGCAUAUAUCUUCUCAAUACCUAUUUCUGCGGAAGAAUCAAUACCUAAUAAGUUAAUCCGUGAGUUAUUUGAUUGCUUUGAAGAAAACCGCAGCAAAAAUAUGUUGAAGGAAGUGGCAUUAUCACUAUCUGAACUCUUUUUUUCUAACGACCAGAGGCUUACUCGGUCUUCAUAUCAUGAUGAAUCUGAUGGCGUGGUAAGACCUUUUAAAGAGUAUAUUGUAAAGAUGUUUGCGGAUGAAUUGACAAGACAAACUGAUAUUGAAGAAGAAGAAGAAGAAGAAGAAGAAGAAGAAAACGACAUAACCCCCAAAGAUUAUGAAGAGGACUACGUGUCACAACUAAAUGAUGAUGUGGUAUUACUUACUGGUCGUGUUAUCGAUAUGGAACUCAAAGAAAUAUUAGUGCAGUUUUUCAAAAGUACACAGCAGUCGAAUGACAACUCAUUGGGUAGAGUUCUGAAGAACUUGGAUGAACAAGAACGCCUGAAAAUAUUAUCCGCUCUAUUCGAAUGA